AUGGCAAAUGCAAUUGAUACUAUAACUGUUAAUCAAACCAUUAGAGACGAUGAUAACAGCACCAUCAUGUCGGCUAAAGAAACUUUUCAAAUGGGAUUCUUUACCCCUGGUAAUUUAAAGAGUCGGUUCUUGGGCAUAUGGUACAAAAAUAUAGCCAAUCUGACUGUUGUCUGGGUUGCUAAUAGAGACACGCCACUUGCUGAUACAUCAGGCGUGCUCAUGUUUGACGCUAAUGGAAAUUUGGUACUCACUAAUGGUGACAAUAAAAUAAUUUGGUAUGCAAAUGACAGUUAUCCUGAAGAUUUCCUCUGGCAGAGUUUUGAUCACCUUGGUGAUACUAUUCUACCAGGCAUGAAGUUUGGCUGGGACUUGGUGAAACACUUAGAAAGGUAUCUCAUAUCCUGGAAAAGCCCGGAUGAUCCAUCUCCAGGCAAUUACACAUAUGGAGUCUAUCUAAAAGGAUAUCCACAGCGAGUUGUAUGGAAAGGUUCAGCUAUGAGAUUCAGGUUUGGACCAUGGAAUGGUGUUCAGUUUGGUGGCAAGUCUAAUUUGAUGCAGAAUAUGGUUUUCACAUAUGAUGUUGUGUCUGACGAAAAGGAUUUGUAUUACAUGUGUAAACUUCUCAAUAGUUCUGCUGCGAUGAGAAUGAUCUUAAAUUCAGACGGAGAUCUAAAAAUUCUUACCUGGACUAACAAUAUGCAAGGUUGGGAUAACACUAUGACUCUACCAACAGAUAAAUGCGACGACUUUGCUUUAUGUGGGGCAUAUGGUAUUUGUAACAUUACUGAGAAAACUUAUGGACGUGACAUCUGUGGGUGUUUGGAUGGGUUUGAGCAAAAAUUUUCAGAAAAAUGGAGGUUAGCAGAUCAUUCUGAUGGUUGUUGA